AUAAUUAAAGUAGUUUAAACGUAUGGUUAAACGAAGUUUCACAUUUAAUUCUAAUAGAAAAUGAAGAUCAACUCUUUUUUUAUAUUCAUUGUUUUUUGUGUCGGUGCUGUAACUAGCAACCCAGCUCAUAGCAUGAAGGACACUCAAUCAAAUAAUAAGAAUCUAUGGCUGAACCGUUUAAAAUUUGCAGAUGGGAAAACAAAGAUGAUUGAUUUGAAUGACAUUCAAGAUCAAAUCGAUAUAACUGUGCUGGAUCGGAUGCAUUCUGCUGAUAAUUUCAAAAAAAAAAUUGCGAAUAAGGUUGUUUUUAUCCAGCAAAAUGUGGACGGCACAUACUCAAUAUGUCUUGACGGUAAAGUUGGUUAUGAUAUUGAAAUCAACUUAGUUUAUGUGUUACUUGAACACUUUGGCGAGUAUAUUUCAAAACUAGUAAUUUCAAUGCCCAAUCCCAAAUCAGAAGGUCAUUUAAAAAAGAUGGUCGAAAUAGCUAGUCAGUAUUGUGAAAAUUUACUCAAAAUCUUCAUAACUGGCGGCAAAAAUAUAUUUGAUGUAGUGAAAAAACCAUUUUAUAAUGUAACGAGCGUCGAACUUCAGUUUUCUGAAUUUGAAACUCAUUCACAAAAUUUUAAAGAAAUCUUUCCGAACAUUCAACGAUUAGAAUUACUUUGGUUUAAAAUCAAAGAUGAUAUUUUCAACGAUCAUUUUCCAAAAUUAGAUUAUUUGGUUAUUGGUAUGGAGGAUAGAUUUAUUGGGAAAUUGAUAGAGAAAAAUCCUCAAAUUAGAUUUUUGAAAAUGGGUUUUGUUAGCGCAAAUUUAGUUAAAUUAGCAAGUGAACAUUUACCAAUUCUGGAAACAUUGCAAUUGCCUUAUGAUACAAAAAUUAAUUACGAAGGUGAGAUUCAUUUUAAAAACGUUAAACAUUUCGAAAUUAAUAAGAUCACAGGAGGGCUCCUAAAUAUCACGUUUGAACAGUUGGAAGAACUUAAAUGCAAUUCAUAUUUUUUUUCCCAGUGGAUUGAUACAGUAGAAACAAAUCCCAAUUUAAAAAAGCUCACAGUCAAAACCAGAGACGGAGUGGAUGAUGAAUAUAUUUCAUUGCUUAUAAAAAUAGCAAGAAAUUUGGUUGAAGCUAGUUUCGAUUGCGCAUGCCACACUCAAGCAGAAACGAUUGUUAAAUUUUUGAAGGAAAGCAAACAUAUGCAAAAAUUAUAUUUAAAUUAUUGCUACAGCAUUUUAAAUGAAUUAAAAUUGCAAAUUCCAGAUAAUUGGAAUUUGAUGUUAUUAGAACAUGAAGUCAUUUUUAUUGAACGAAAGUAGUACAAAAAGCUUGAUAUAUCAAAUUAAAUCUUUGAUAAAAAUACAACAAUAAACCAAUAAAUAA